CGCUCCCUAUGCUUCCGGCGCCUUCGUGCGCGACGUCCGCGGCGCCGGGGAAAAUGGCGGCCGCCGCCGCCGCGAUGGCCGCCCUGGGUCGGCGCUUGACGGGCGCGCUGCGGCUCGCGGGAGCGCGGCCGGGCUGGGCGGCUGCCGGCCUCCCCGGAUUAACAUGGAACCAAUUCCACAAGAACCUGGCAAAAGUUGAGCCCCCCCAUCAGUUGAAGUUUCUGCAUACUACUCUGUCUCGGAGUGGUCUGGAGGAGUUUUUUGAUGAUCCAAAAAACUGGGGAGAAAAAACAGUAAAGUCUGGGGAUGCAUGGAAUAUAAAACAGCUAAGGGGCAAGAGUAGCGAAGACUUGCACAAACUUUGGUAUGUUCUACUGAAGGAAAAAAACAUGCUUUUGACUUUAGAACAAGAAUCAAAGAGACAGCAAAGGCCCAUGCCAAGUCCAGAACGAUUAGAAAAGGUACAAAAAUCCAUGAAAAAUAUUGACUUAGUAGUCAAAGAAAGAGAAACUGCUUUGAGACUUUUACAAACUGGCCAUGAAAAACCAGUACCUGGCGAGUGGAGAAAUGACUUCUUAGGACGCACCUACUGGUACACAUACAAGGAAUGGCCAAUACCAUGGUACCUGAACAAAAAAUACAAAAAAAGGAAAUUCUUCUACUUACCUCACGUGAAUCACUUCAUCAGGCUCAGACUUGAAAAAUAUUUACGUGUAAGGGCAAGACGACAAAGCCUAGAGAAGAAGAGGCAGAAGGUCUUACAUAUGAAGUUUCCUCAUCUUGCUGUAAAAUCUCAAAGCCAAUAAUGUUUUCGAAGAGUGCUGCAAGCACUUGGUUGAGUGUCUUUGUGACUGGAACAUGGGAGCAAGUUCUGAAACCAGUGGACAACUUGACUGGGUGUUCCUGAUGGUUUUCCAUCUCUAUUUUAUCCCACAUUUGGACCUAAAUUAAAUUUGUGAUCUGAAAUUAAAGAGCAGCUUUAGUAUGUAACUCCAAUUAAUCCUACCAGUUUUAUUCUAGAAACAUCUGAGAAGUGACACUAACCAGCUCUUAUAAAAGUGAAGCAUAUGUUAUGAACAGUGAUGAGCAGCCAGGUGAAGGCAUAAAGCAUAGGGGUGUUUACCUGCUUUAGUUUAACAGAUGUGUAUUGAAACCUGAGAACCUCUAAAGCUCACAUACCAUGUUUUGUUCCCUGAUCAUCUGAGAUAGUUGUAUGGCAUCUAAGUUAUGCGUGCAUUCUACAUAAAUGCAGGGGGAAUUGGGCUGUUAGUGAGUUCUGUUCGUGCUGCUACUGAGUACGUUCGGUAGUCUGGCUGCAAGAAAGUUUCCCUACUUUGAGUCUGGCUUGUUAGAAAGCAUUAAAUAUUUAACACAUCAAUUUUUAACAAUGCAGUACCUGUAUUUCUAGAGAAAUAUGACAAAUUCAAAUACUUGUGCAGUGUUUUCUGAGUGUACGAAGUGUUUGGAGAAAUACUGGUAAUAGUCUUCUGUGGAAUUAAAGAGGAAGGCAUGGAACCUUUUACUCAUCAUUACUGCUCUCACUUGGUGGUAAACACCAACUUCAUGAAAGCUUUUAACCUUCAAAGGAGGUUAGGUAGAAAUUUAGAAUGAAGUCCAUUUUACACACAUAGUCUCUCAGGAAGCAGACGUGCUAUGCUACAUAAUCUGGUAAGACACCAGAAACUCCAAGGGAACCAAAACUGCAUUAGAUACAUUCAUCUCCAUCAUCUUGACCUGCUCUGCAUCACAUGAAAUACCUUCCUCAUAGACAGACACUCUUUACAAUGGUGACAAAAGUCCAGAACUUGUUUUGCUCUUUGUAUGGUACCAAACCACUCGGAGCUAUUACCACUGUACUGUAAUUACUAUAAUUCUUUUGUUUUAUGAAGAUAAGAGUUGAUAGUCAAGGAAACCUAAGUGCCUGAUGUAGAAGGAGAACUUUGAAAAAACCUACUUUAUCUCUUCACCUCUAGCUACAAGCUGUCCGCUCACUCUUAGUACUUCACUGAUGCCACAGCAACUUCAUGCUUGAAUGCAAGCUUGUCUUUCUUCCAGUGUAACAACAACAGGUGAUUGUAUCGUGUUGUAGCUGACUUACAUUUGCUUCCUUUUGAGAGAGAAGAAUGGUUUGUCAACAACUUUGAAAACAACUUUGUCUCAAGAGCCACCUGAUUAUUAUGGUAUGACAAAAACAGGUUGUUUUGAUAAAUUACUUUAUUGCUUGGAGGUAACAUGAAACUGUUUUCAACUAGAGGCCCCAGCAUUAUUUACCCACAAGGUCUUUUAGGGUAGUGAAAACAUAGCAGUAUUUAUAUGUUUUUAAAUCAGUUAAAUGCUAUUUGGUUUUCCACAGCUUUUAGAAUAAGGAGCAAAACUUCACUGCGUCACAAUACAGAACAUCAUAAAGCUGUAAAUUUGAGUUGCUUCGCAGCAGCGCAGAGCUGCAUUUUGAUAGCCAGUUCCUGCUGAAAAAGUCAUCCCACUUCCUCUGCCCGAGUGCACGCUCCCCAUGCAAAAUGCAGGCACUUACUGACCUCACUAUGAGUCAGCCAGAACUAAACCAGCAAUAAACAAACAGCGACUGCCCCUCUGAGUUACAGCUCACUGAAAAAUGUCAAGCCACAUCCUGAGGUCUUCUCUGACUAUUCCCCUAGUCUUGGAAAGACAAUUCUUUGCUUUACUUUCCCUGUCUCUAAAAAGUUUUGCUUCUCACCUGCAAAGGCAUUCAGCAUAUUAUAUACAUUCUUUAGAAAUCUAGUGGAAAGAAAUGAUUGUUUACUGAAACAAAAUUGCUCCAUAAUAGAAAAUUAGCAACCAGUGCAUAAUGUAACAUUCACUAAAUGGAAUGUAACACUCCAUUAGACAGUAAAAGUUUACCCUGAACUGACUGCCCUAUAGUAGAUUAGUAAAUACAAACUUUCCAUUUUUAAAACAGAAGAGUAACUGUUUCUCUGCAAGUACUCAAAGUUGCUCAAAUAAAAAAAGAGCAAGUUUUAUUAGGAGAGAAGUAAGCAAUUUAAGGCCAAAGUACUAGCAAAGGAAGACUAAUAUAUGAAAGUAGACUAGACAUUUUUAAUAAAUUUGUGCAGGCAUUUGCAAGGCUAUGCCUCUAUCUAUUAGCUAACCUGUAAAGCUAUUCCCAGGAAAAGAUACUAGAGAAAAUAGACAUUUAUACAAAAUUAUAAAAUGCUCAUUAUAUGAAUUAUUGCUUUACAAAGGACAAACAUCCUUUUUCUAUGAUAGAAAUUUUGAGAGACCUAACUGGUACUAAGGUUUGUUAAAAAUGGAACUUGAAUAAUGCAAAAAAUCCAAUACAAAUUUUCUACAAAAGAGUCCAUCCCAUUCCUGAGUAUGCUAAAGCUAUAAAUCAGAAGAAGCACUGAGGAGGCAGCAGUUUUCACAGUAAGAGGUUUAAGGGCAUUUUCUUUCUACACACUGUUUCCCUCCUUCUUCAUAUUCUUGUUUAGAAAUCCACAUCUGUUGAAAAGUACCC